CAUCACCGUGCCUGCAUGGGAGUUUGGUUCUCUAUGCUGCAUUGGAAAUUUGGAAUAUGACCCACUUGAGUGGCGGAAAGAAUUGAAAUCUGUUACGUCGAUCUUUUGAAGAGCUCACAAACCAACCACAACAACUACAACAACAACAUCACAAACAACAAUGAGAACUUUUCUAUACUACUACCUUAUCCUUUCCAUCAAGACUCUGAGGACUUCAGGUCUUCAAGCUGUGGCAAUUGGUAUAUCAGGAGCUAUCAAGACUCUCAGAUCUACCGGCCUCCAACUCCAAGCGGCCGCUGCUACCCCUGAAUUUUUCGACCAUGGCAGAGUUCAAAUGACUCCCGAACCAACACAAGCAAGGCGCAAGAAGUGUCCCUUUUCCAUUUCCGCUUUCGAAGCUUCAGAGGAAGAACCAUACGAGCUUGUAAACCCAGGUAUUGAUCUUGAGAAAGUAAACACACCCGUAAACAAAAUGACCCAUGCCGUCCUGGUGAAAAUCCUCGUCUUCAUGUUUCAGGUAAGGUUUGCAUUAACCAAGCUACCAGCGAGUGGUACCAAGAAGUUAAAGUCCUAUGACAAAGAUCUGGUGGUACGAGCUUUCACUCAAGGGAAUCCCAAGAAGCUACCCAAGUCUGAAGAAGCCACAGACGGAGCCAUGAGAUGGGCAGUUAGUCGCAAGGCAGGUGAAAAUAUCUUUCUCGGCUUGAUCAAGUGCACGUCCUGGAGAGAAAACGAGGAAUCCCUUCGCCUGGUCGAUCACUUUAUCUACCACAAGUUCCGUGGUCAACUCCGCCUCGAACAACUUGUCGGUCUUGGUGCCCGCCCACUUGCCUUCUUAAUGUUUUGGAUGAAGGCCGACAAAGUCGUCACCGAGUUCUCUCGAGGAAUUGACAUGAUGUACAUGGGCAAGUACCUCAAGAAGGGCGCCAAGAGAAGUCUUGCAGCAAUGCACAAGAACAUGGGCAUUGACGACGAUCUGGUGGAACUAUCAUUCGAUGUUUUCAUGGACGCUGUGGCAGAAGGAGUUCCCGACCAAGACCGGGAAGCAGUUCACAAGCUGCUCUGCACAGAAUACGCAAUGUUUGGUGUGGGAAAAGGCAGCCAAAUUGGAUUCCUGGACAGGCAAUAAUACUUCCCAAGGUUCUGAAUAUCCCACCUGCAUCAGUGCUUACAUGAACAAAACUUAAGCUACCCUAGACAAGACUAUAGACUGAAAAUGAUUCUAGCUUAUAUAAUGUUUUUCUUU